AUGAAUUCGUCCAAUACCUCAUCGUCGAUGUCGAUGCCCAUGAUGACUCCGUGGCUUCACCUUGGAGGGGGCGAUGCUGUCCUGUUCCAACAGUGGAAGCCUAUCUCGCCGGCCGCGAUUGCGGGCGUGUGCGUUGGCUUGUUGCUCUUUGCCGUGCUUGACCGAUUACUCGCUGCCUUGCGGCGAUUGAUGGAGGGGCAUUGGCAGAAGCGCCGUCUUGCGUUGACGGGAGAAAGGGACGAAUCCGUCGCCACGCCCCUCCUUGACUCUUUCAAGAGCUUGGGGCGCAAAGAUGAGGGCAUAGACCUCCCUCGCCCGCUUGCAAAACAGACGACUAUGACCUCCGCAUCCCGCUUGAUCAUGACAAUGAUUUCGCCUACAGACUUGUAUCGCGGAUUGCUGUAUGGGUUGCAGGCGCUUACGACCUACAUUCUAAUGCUCACUGCGAUGACGUUUCAUGUCGUUUAUAUUGUGUCGAUUCUCGUGGGGCUGAGCUUUGGCGAGAUGCUGUUUGGACGUCUUCGUCCUGAUAUAGCGGUUCAGGCUAACGAUGCUUGUUGCUGA